GGGCAGUGUCAGUCUCCAUUGAAUGCACAUCGUUCAGGAUGAGCAGGACUCUGCUGUGGCUGCUGGCCUCUGUGGCCCUCACUUCUCUGGCUGAUGGAGCUCCAAUGGCGUUGAUGUCUGCCCCCAACAUGUUGCGUGUAGGCGCAGUAGAAAACAUCUUUGUGGAGUGUCAAGACUGCAAUGGAAAUGACAUCAUCGUCCGUAUCAGUGUGAUGAACCAUCCAUCCAAAAAAACACUUCUGGCAACCACAUCCGUGACACUUAACGCUGAAAAUAAUUUCCAGCAGCUGGGACAGAUAACGAUCCCCGGUGCAGACUUCAGUAAGGAUGCUAACGUGAAGCAGCAUGUGCACCUGCAAGCUCAGUUUCCUGACCGACUGCUGGAGCAAAUCAUCUUGGUCUCCUUUCAGUCCGGGUACAUCUUCAUACAGACUGAUAAGACCCUCUACACCCCCAACAGCAAAGUUCUUUACAGGAUGUUUGGAGUGACGCCCGCCAUGGAGCCAGUAGAGAGAAACCUAGCUGAUGCUUCUAUUUCCAUCGAUAUUGAGACACCUGAAGGCAUCAUGUUACCACUUCUUCCAGUCUCUUUGCAAUCAGGGAUUCACACUGGAGAUUACCAACUUGCUGAAAUUGUCAGUCCUGGACUGUGGAAGGUGGUGACACGCUUCCAGAGCAACCCACAGCAGAGCUUUUCUGCAGAGUUUGAGGUGAAAGAAUACGUGCUGCCCAGUUUUGAGGUUAAACUGACACCUGUGACUUCCUUCUUCUACGUGGAAAGUAGAGACUUCACCGUCAGCAUCAAAGCUGCGUAUCUGUUUGGUAAAGAGGUGGAAGGGAACGCGUACGUGGUGUUUGGAGUUAUGGAAAACGGUCGAAAGAAAAGCAUCCCGAGUUCUCUUCAGAGAGUGCAGAUCCAGGCAGGUAGUGGAGAGGCCACGCUGACGAGAGACCACAUCUUAAGUACUUUCCCAAACAUCGCCGACCUGGUGGGGACUUCCAUAUUCGUGGCCGUCAGUGUGCUGACGGAGAGCGGUAGUGAAAUGGUGGAGGCGGAGCUGAGAAACAUCCAGAUCGUCUCAUCGCCUUACACCAUCACCUUCAAGAGAACACCCAAAUAUUUCAAACCAGGAAUGUCCUUUGACUUUGCGGUUGAAGUUUUGAAUCCUGACAAAAGUCCAGCAAAGGGCGUGACAGUGGUGGUGGAUCCCGGCAAGGUGCUGGGCAUAACCGCAGCCAAUGGCAUGACAAGGUUCACCAUCAAUACAGACGCAAAAGACCCAUCUGUGACGAUCACUGCAAAGACCAAUAAUCCCGAUAUUAGCCUUGAGAGACAAGCAUCAGUCACCAUGGUGGCUUUCCCAUAUACGACAAAGAGCAAUAACUACAUCCACAUAGGUGUGGAUACGGCUGAGCUGAAAAUUGGAAACGCCAUGAAAAUUAACCUCAACCUCAAACGACAGGAAAAACAUGAGACUGACAUCACAUAUCUGAUCUUGAGCAGAGGUCAGCUCGUGAGAAAUGGCCGUUACAGGAUCAGAGAUCAAGUGCUCAUUUCCUUGAUAGAUCCUAUUACCAAAGACAUGCUGCCAUCAUUUCGUAUUGUAGCCUACUACCAUACAACCAGCAAUGAGGUGGUAUCAGACUCGGUUUGGGUGGAUGUCAAGGACUCCUGCAUGGGCUCGCUCAAGCUUGAACCUAGAAGAGCCAAAACAUCCUAUGAGCCCCGCCUGGCGUUCGGUCUGAAGGUCACAGGAGACCCAGGGGCCAUGGUGGGGCUGGUGGCGGUGGACAAAGGCGUCUACGUCCUAAACAACAAGCACCGUCUCACCCAAAAAAAGGUGUGGGACAUGGUAGAGAAGUACGACACAGGCUGCACCUCCGGUGGAGGGAAGGACAGUAUGAGUGUGUUUUUCGAUGCUGGGCUGAUAUUUAAGUCCAACACGACGACUGGGACACCCUACAGAAGAGAAUCAAAAUGUCCGUCCCCCAGCAGGAAGAGACGAGCCACGACGAUCAUGGAAGUCACAACCAGCUUACUGAGUAAAUAUAAAGAUAACAAGCUGAAGCGUGAGUGUUGUUUGGACGGCAUGAGGGAAUCCCUCCUCACGUACACAUGUGAGAGGCGCAGCGAGUACAUAAAUGAUGGCGACGAUUGUGUCACGGCCUUCCUGCACUGCUGCAAGGAGAUGGAAACCCAGCGAGCGGACAGGAAGGAAGAAAGCCUCCAACUGGCUCGCAGUGAGGCGGAUGACGAAACUUACAUGGACAGCGAUGAAAUUGUUUCUCGCACCAAGUUCCCUGAAAGUUGGCUGUGGACGGACUUCAUCCUGCCUGCUUGUUCAGAAAAAACACCUAACUGUGAAACCACAUCAGUGGAGAAAAAUCAUGCUUUGCCGGACUCAAUCACAACCUGGCAGUUCACUGGCAUUAGUCUGUCAAAAACUCACGGAAUCUGUGUGGGCGAUCCGUUAGAGGUAGUUGUCCAGAAGGAAUUCUUCAUUGAUCUUCGGGUGCCGUACUCUGCUGUCCGAGGAGAACAGGUGGAAAUCAAGGCAAUCCUCCACAACCUUAGCCCCGAUGAUCUCACCGUGCGUGUGGAUCUGAUUGAGGAGGAGCAUGUGUGCAGCGCAGCCUCUAAACGUAAGAAGUAUCGCCAGGAGGUCAACAUCAGGGCCGAAAGUACUCGAUCUGUGCCAUUCGUUGUCAUUCCCAUGAAAGAAGGGCAUUUCAAGAUCGAGGUCAAAGCAGCUGUGAAAGAUUCGGCGCUCAAUGAUGGCAUCAUAAAGAUACUGCGGGUGGUGCCUGAAGGUGUACUGGUUAAAUCUCCUUUGACUAUACUUCUAAACCCUUCUGUUGACGGUGUUGAUGGGGUACAAGUAGAAACUCUCAACAGUGCAAUUCCUAGGAAAGAUGUAGUUCCAAACACACCGUCUAUCACACAGAUCUCUGUGACAGGGAGAGAAGGAGUUUCUGAACUGGUGGAGAGCGCCAUUAGUGGAAGCGCUAUGGGUACUCUGAUCGCCCAACCCGCAGGCUGUGGAGAGCAGAACAUGUACCGCAUGACUCUACCUGUCAUUGCCACAAUCUAUUUGGACAAGACCAACCAGUGGGAAAGUGUGGGCUUUGAGAAACGUGAUGCCGCACUCCAACACAUCAAGACCGGCUACCAGAAUGAGCUUGUCUACCGUAAAGGUGAUGGUUCUUAUUCUGUGUUUCCCAAUCACAAAAGUAGCACCUGGCUGACGGCCUACGUGACCAAGGUGUUCGCCAUGGCCAACAGUCUGGUGGCAGUGAAGAGCGAACACAUCUGUGACUCUGUUAAGUUUCUGAAUCUCAACGCGCAGCAACCCGACGGCGUGUUUGUAGAAGUUGGAAAGAUUCUCCACGGAGAGAUGAUUGGCGAUGUGCUUGGCGCCGAUUCAGACGCCUCCAUGACGGCCUUCUGCCUCAUCGCCUUGCAGGAGUCACGCUCGCUCUGUUCCGCCACUGUCAAUAGUCUGCCAGGCAGUGUAGCCAAAGCAGUGACCUAUCUGGAAAGGCGUCUGCCCCACCUCCUCAACCCGUAUGCUGUUGCCAUGACGUCAUACGCCCUGGCCAACGAGGGAAAACUGGACCUGGAGAUGCUCAACAAGUUUGCUUCCCCAGACUUCUCCCACUGGCCGACGCCUAAGGGACAUGUGUACACUCUGGAGGCCACAGCGUAUGCUCUUCUUGCUCUGGUCAAGGCCAAGGAAUUUGAAAAAGCCAGACCUGUUGUGAGAUGGUUCAACAAGCAGAAGAAGGUGGGCGGAGGCUAUGGAUCAACUCAGGCUACCAUGAUAGUGUACCAGGCAGUAGCAGAGUACAGGGCCAGUGCUAAAGAACCAGAGUACGAUCUGAAUGUGGACAUCAUGUUCCCGGGCAGGACGAGGCCUGACAAGUACAACUUCAACAGGGAGAACCACUACGCCACCAGAACAACUAAACUCAAUGACAUAAAUCAGGAUGUGAAAGUGAUUGCGAGCGGCUCCGGAGAAGCAACGUUGAAAAUGGUGUCGCUGUAUUACGCUCUGCCUAAAGAACUUGAGAGUGACUGUACGAUGUUUAACUUGACUGUGAAGCUCACCGAAGAGGAAUCGGAUGAGGAUGAGAAGAUGUACAAACUGAAAAUAAAGGUUUUGUAUAAGAACAAAGACAGGGAUGCGUCCAUGUCAAUCUUGGAUAUUGGCUUGCUAACUGGCUUCACGAUUGUAGAAAAGGACCUGGGCCUCUUGUCCAACGGACAUGCUCCCGUCAUUGCGAAAUAUCAGAGGGACACAGUCCUGUCAGAAAAAGGCUCCCUCAUCAUCUACCUGGACAAGGUUUCUCACACAGAACCAGAAGAGAUCACUUUUAGGAUCAAACAGGAUCUGAAUGUGGGCGUCCUUCAACCAGCUGCUGUGUCCGUCUAUGAAUACUACGACCAAACACAUUGUGUGAAAUACUACCAUCCAGAGAGGGUAGAUGGAAAACUGAUGCGGAUCUGUAGAAAAGAUGAAUGCAGAUGUGCUGAAGAGAACUGCAGUAAGCAGAAGAAGGACAAAGUCAGCAAUGAUAUGCGCAGAGAUAAGGUCUGCGAGACUGAAGUGACCAAUAAGAUCGAUUUUGUGUACAAAGUGCUCCUGGAAGAGUUUAAUAACGAGGUGUCCACAGAUGUUUACAAAAUGCGGGUCGUGCAAGUCAUCAAAGAAGGAACCUAUGAUGUGGAUCCUCUGAAUAAACUGCGCACAUUCCUCAGCCCACCGCACUGCAGGGAGUCGCUAGACCUGAUAAAGGGCAAAGAAUACCUUAUCAUGGGCGCAUCCAAAGAUAUUGACAGAGAUGAUGACAACAAAACGUUUCAGUAUAUACUUGGAGAGAGAACCUGGAUUGAGUAUUGGCCCACAGAUGCAGAGGGUCAGACGGAGGAACACAGUGUUCCUUAUUCGGAAAUUGAGGAUAUGGUCCGGCAUUACGAAACCUUUGGAUGUCAGAAUUAGUGAAACUAAAUGAAAUACAAUGUUUUUAAUUCUCUAAAACUUCCCCUGAUAUGGGAUAUAAGGGCCUACAAUCGUGAACUGUAUUGAUUAAAACCGAAUGGUGUCAAUCAUUA